AUGCUUCAAGCUCGGAUGGCCCUGACGGGCCUCCGUCUUCCCUUCCGAUGCCUCCCUUCGCUUUCGCUCCCCGCUCGGGCUUAUUCGACAACUAUCAAUCAGACAGAGAAACCCCCGCAGCAGGAGUCAAACCCCUCCAACUUCGACCCCGGCAUUGCUUUUGCUCCCCCGCCGACUCGCGAAGACACCGGCGUCCUCCUUCGAUCGUAUAAACCGCGCACACCUGGUAUCCGACACUUGCGGAGACCGAUCAAUGAUCACCUGUGGAAGGGUCGGCCUGUCCAAAAGCUGACGUUCCCCAAACGUGGUCAUGCUAAGGGUGGUCGUAACCACACCGGUCGAGUGACUAUUCGGCACCGUGGUGGUGGUCACAAGCGCCGUAUCCGUACCGUUGACUUUUCCCGAAUCGCUCCCGGACCGCACCUAGUGGAACGAAUCGAACAUGAUCCUGGGCGCAGUGCCCAUAUCGCGCUGGUCCGCAGUCAACAAACUCAAAGGUUGAGCUAUAUUCUUGCCGCAGAAGGCAUGAGGGCUGGUGAUGUCGUUCAGAGUUACAUGUCCGGUAUCCCAGAGGAUCUUUGGAAGAGCAUGGGUGGAACUGUGGAUCCUGGUGUGCUGGCGGCCAGAACAGCUUGGAGAGGCAACUGCCUACCAUUGCAUAUGAUUCCCGUUGGUACACUGAUUUUCAAUGUUGGGUUAUACGCAGGCAAAGGUGGUCAGCUGUGCCGCAGCGCUGGUUCUUUCGCUACGGUUAUCGCCAAGGGUGGGGAUUUCCAAGGAAGGGCAAACGAUACCAGCAGAACCCAGACUGGAGGACCGGGAGCAGAAGAGGAGAAGAAGCCUUUGUCGCAGCGCGAGAAACAAAAACUCGAGCGUGCUACUCAGCAUGUGACCAUCCGUCUUCAGAGCGGUGAAGUGCGACUCAUCCACAAAGACUGCUGUGCCACAGUUGGUGUCGCCAGCAACCCCAACCACCAGUACAGCCAGUUGGGUAAGGCUGGACGAUCGCGCUGGCUCAACAUCCGUCCGACUGUUCGUGGCCUGGCUAUGAACGCUGCGGACCAUCCUCACGGAGGUGGACGAGGAAAGUCUAAGGGUAACGUUGACCCGAAGAGUCCUUGGGGUAUUCCGACAAAAUCAGGAUACAAGACUCGUCCCAAGUGGAAGAUCAACAAGGCCGUUGUCGUACCCCGGGUUCGCAACCAAGGCAAGCGUCGCAGAGGAUACAGCUAA